AUGGAUCAAGGAGAACUGCGACUGAUAGCUAUUGGAAGACUGUGUGAAAAAUGUGAUGGUAAAUGCGUGAUCUGUGACUCAUAUGUGCGACCCUGCACACUUGUGCGCAUAUGUGAUGAGUGUAACUAUGGGUCGUACCAAGGGCGCUGUGUGAUCUGCGGAGGUCCAGGAGUCUCUGAUGCCUAUUACUGCAAGGAGUGCACCAUCCAGGAGAAGGAUAGGGAUGGCUGCCCUAAGAUAGUCAAUCUGGGCAGUUCCAAGACAGAUCUCUUUUACGAGCGCAAGAAGUACGGCUUCAAGAAGAGGUGAUCCACGCUUGGUGCUGCUGUACCUGCUGCAGGGUUGGGGAAAGGGUCUUAAAGCAUCUCUGGACUUCACUGUUAUUGAGAACCAAUUAAUCUUCUCUAAAGUAUUACAAGUUAAACUAUGUGUGAGGGGUGGGGGAAGAAACAACAUUGACUGGGGAUUGGAACCUGAUAAUAGCUGAGAACGGCACAUGGCAAAAGCAGGCUACUGACUCUUGCCAUCUCUCAAGCGUGGCUAGUGUCUGCCAUACGGCUCUGCAGAAUGCCUGGUGGGCAAGCAUUUACAUUCUAAGGGCAUCUGCUCUCCUAUCAAGGUGUAGCACUGCUUUUACAUGUCUUGUCCGCUUUUGGAAUUGGGGAGUCACCUGCAGUUCUCCUUUCCAUGACCUUCCUCUCAGUUGAUAAGAAGUCUUCUCCCCUGGCCACACCCCUAAAGUCUAAGGAAUGAGUUCUGAUUGCAGACCCACCGAAAAUCUCUAUAUAUUGUUAUACAGGGAGGCUAGCAUGUUCAUGGCUGAUGCCCUUUCAUAUGAGCACAACCAUUACAUGUCCCUAUGUUUUCUUCAACCGAUUAACUGAAGGCCCUUUCUAUAACUACCUCUGCAAAAUGUAAACCAAUAAAGUUUUUUUCCUUUUUCUAACAGAA